AUGCCUGGCGGGGGAAUUCUGGGAGUUGAAGUCCAUACAACUUUAAAGUAAGAAAUGCUAGCUAAUAGGAUCCGGUGGCUGCGUCCAAACGAUAAUCCUUCCAAGAGAAGAAGCUGCUUUCAACAGUGCCUGUCAUUCUGAUUAACUUCAUCUGAUUUACUGAAAAACCGAAUUCAUACUUUUACGCGGUCAAAUUUGAGAUCCGGAAGAAGGAAGAACUACGGGAGCUGCCCGGGAUCUUUGGAAACAUGGCGGCCGCCGUAGUUGUUGCGGCCCAGAGAGUCUGCAAUGCCGGCGUCCUCAGGACCGCGUGCAGAGGUUAUGCUUUGAUUUCAAACCAUGGAAUCAGCUGCCAGUAUGCUGCCUUGGCAUGUUCAUUUCAGACACAUUGCAACAUUUCUGCAUCAUAUAAUGUGACAGUGCAGCAGAGAAGGCAGAGAAGCUUUUUCAAUAAAUUGACAGCCAACGAACUCUGGAAAGGAGUUGCAGCAGAGAAUACUGCAGGUGGAAGGAAAGGGAGAGGCAAGCGAGGCAAGCGGAAAAAAACGAGGGAUCUCAAUAGAGGCCAGGUCCUUGGCGAAGGAAAAAUUGGUUUCCUUUGGCCUGGUCUCAAUGCUCCAUUGAUGGUAUCUGGAAAAGUUCAAAGCAUUACUCAGAGAAAUGAAGAAGAGCAGAAGGCUUUGCAGUUAGCAAAAGCUGAGGAACAAAAGCAACUAGACAAAAGAAAGAGAGUACGGAUUAAGAAGGAAAGAGGUUGGACUGGACGAUCCUGGGGAGGUGUCAGUUUAGGACCUCCUGAUCCUGGUCCCAAUGGAGGUGAGAUAAUUAUGAAAAGAAUGAAUACUUUAUUCUCUAGAAAAAUAUUUCUUUGGUGGUUUCAUAUUCUGUCCCUAGACACACCUUGCUACGGAACCACUCAUCAUUAUUCUUCACCUGCCUCUGCCCCUUUACCUCUGAACAAGUACCUGUGCAGAGCAGGUAUUGAGGUCCUGGACCUAAAUGAAGUAUUUUCUCUCACCAAUGCUGCUUUAUUUCUCGUUGUUCAUAAGAACAGCUAG